GCAUGUGGAACCAUUUGUUCGGAACCCAAAACACAGCCGGACAUAUUAAAGUGACGCUCCCAAGCAGCAUUUGUGAAAAGUAGCAAGAUCGAGCUGAAUGCUGGCGUCUGUGUCCAAGAUGAUGUCGCACGGCUUCAGGAGCAGCAAGCAGGACUUUAUGUUUGGACCGUGGAAAGUGACGUCCGCCAAAAACCACAUAAUGAAAUCCAAAGAUGUGGAACGGUUAGGGGAGGAGAUCAGCAUGCCCUGUCUUCCAGAGAUGCUGUUUGGAGACAACGUCCUGCGCAUCCAACACGCAGACGGUUACGGCAUCGAAUUCAAUGCCAUCGAUGCCCUUAAAAGAGUCAACAACAUGGAUGAUGCUGUGAAAGUGGCCUGUGCUCAAGAGUGGCAGGAGAGCAGAGCGGAUUCAGAGCACUCCAAAGAGGUGGUAAGGCCUUAUGAUUGGACAUACACCACAGACUACAGGGGAACCUUACUUGGGGAGGAAUUGCAGAUGAAGGUGACGGAGACGUCGGAACGAAUCGACAUGGAGAAGCUGAAAGCCCGCGAGAACAUCAUGUUCUUCGACGAGGUGUUGCUGUUUGAGGACGAGUUACACGACCACGGCGUCUCAAAGAUCAGCGUCAAAAUUAGGGUGAUGCCCACCAGUUUUUUCCUGUUGAUGCGGUUCUUCCUCCGCGUGGACGGAGUGUUGAUAAGAAUAAACGACACUCGGCUGUAUCAUGAGGCUGGUAAGGACUACUUACUACGAGAAUUCAGCACAAGGGAAAACAAAAUAGCAGAACUGAAGCACGUUCCCUCAGGAGUUUACGCGGAUCCCAACGAGAUUGCCCAGUAUUUGACCCUGAAGCUGACGGAGUACGAGAAGCUGGAGCUUCCAGAGACGCAGCCUCAGAGUGACCAGGAAGAAACCAUCCAGUGACCACCCCUCCAUGACGUUUCCACUCAUGUCUGAUCAUGUUUCAGCUAUUCACAUAUGUGUACAGGGAUACCUUAUACAAAUAACGCUGUUGAGGAACUCUGAAACUCACUAACAUGCUUUUAGUUGAGUGGAACAUUCUGUUUGUGUACAGCUAGUUGAUUCUGGAAGAAAAUCUCUGUAAAUACGGCUUCUGUUUCUGUUUUUCAGGUAGAGAGUGAACACACUUUUUCCAUUUCUUUUAUCGUCAUCUGUCUUUAAAUGUUUGUAAAUGUCAAACGCAUAACCGCAAAUAUAUCAUUUGGGUUUUUGUGUGUUUGAUAGAUUUUUAACUUCUUGUUAUAAACAGUCAUGUUUUUUUUUUGGCUGUAAAAAAAUAUUUGCUAUUAUUAAAACUAUCGUAGAUUUUGAAUGACAUGUAAAUCCCUUAUUUUGUAUUGUAUGAGUGGCAUUCUUCUGCCAGCUUUUAAUAGUAAAAGAGAAAGUAG